UUUCAGUUUGAAUAAAACACACUUAAAACAUGCUUUGCACAAAUUCUGUCAUUCUAUUGAUUUUUUUACGGAAUAGUUGCAACCAAGCAGCAGUAUAUAUUGAAAUUGUUUCUCCUUCAAAAAGAUAACACAGCUUCUCUUCUCUUUAUAUUCAUAUAUUUGUGGCAGAAUGACUAUUAAUGGGGAUGGUAAGGGUUCUUUGCCCAUUAAACAUGAAGGAACUGCUGUAAAAGAUGUUGAUUCAUCCGACAUAGAUGAAUUGAAAAACUUGGUCCACAACAAACUGGUCAUAACAGAGGCCAGGCUACAGAAGCCACCAAAAACCAUGAAACGCAAAUUGGCUAAGUCUCGAUUUCGUCGAUCCAAAAUUUUGUCGGAAACUAUCACCAUCAUAUCAUUUGAUGAUGAUGACAACAUAGACAUUAUGGAACACUCAACGUCAAAAUACAAUGUUAACAAUGUCAUCUUCAUAUCAUCGGACGAUGAUGAAAUAGACGAGACAAAAGAAUCAACGAAGGAUAAUAAUGCCUAGUUUUUUUUCCGAUUACUUUGAUUAGUUUUUCUUAUUGUUGUUUCACACAACACUCUUUU